AUGCGCCCGCCUCCUCGCCGUCACCCGAUCCGCCCCUUCCCACUGCCGCUGACUCAGUGCCUUGGUUGAGCAUUAUCGUCUUUCACCUGAACGCAGCACAGAAGCAUCAGACGCACAUCCUCUCCGCACAAACCCCUGCAGCCAUGGCCAAAACAGCGACCGCAUACAAGGAGAAGAUGAAGGAACUCUCAGUCCUCUCACUCAUCUGCUCCUGCUUUUACCCGGAAGUACGCAACACCGUCCUGAAUGAGUUGGAAGCAGACAUUGAGGUGAAGCCGAUAAACAAGCGAGCCUCCGGGCAGGCGUUUGAGGUAAUUCUCAAGCCCCUGUCUCCAGUAUCAGAUGUAGUCCACAACCUGGCAUCCCCCCCAAAGAAGGACAUCUCCUUGGACGACAUUGAGAAGAAACUGGAGGCAGCCGAAGAGCGGAGAAAGUCCCAAGAAACAGAGGUGCUGAGGGCUUUGGCUGAAAAGCGAGAGCACGAGAGGAAUGUGCUGUUCAAGGCCUUGGAGGAGAACAAUAACUUCAGCAAGAUGGCUGAGGAGAAGCUCCAAAUGAAGAUGGAGCAGAUCAAGGAAAACCGCGACGCCCAUCUGGCAGCCAUGCUGGAGCGUCUACAGGAGAAGGAGAGACACGCUGCAUUGGUGCGCAGAAACAAAGAGAUGAGGGAAGUGAUGACAGCGUGAACGCCGCGCAAACGUCCCAAUUUCCAUCUUUCUUCAUUCUAUCUAUCCAUCCAUCCGCUCCCCCCCUUCCUCAACCUGCUCCGACCCUCUCCCAAACAGACAUGCAAACCUGGAGCGCCCAACAGGUGGAGGACCUCACCACAACAUCACAACAAUCAGCAAUUUAAUCAGUCACUUCAGUAUCACAGAUGAAGACGGACAUCAGUGUCACUCGAGAGCUGCAAGGAUUUCUUAAUUUUAGGGAGGGAUCGGUCUUAUUUUGUACAUAUUAGUUGGGGCUAUCUGUCUAUCUAUCGAUCUAUCUAAUCUGGUAAACUAGCAAGCUAUCUAUUGAUUUCUGUGUACUGCACUGUACGAUGUUUUUUUUUUUUUGGAUGCCACCACUCUUUUCUUGUGAAUUGUGAGAUGGAUGUAGACUGACGUUUGCAAUGUAUUCUUGGUGAUGAUGAUGCUGAUGAUGUCACGACGAUGACGAUGAUGUUUUUGUGUCUUGUGAAGAAUGUAAGGUGUACCUGAGGUAAUAGAGUAGACAAAGCAGCCGAAACAAACAGGAGCCACUUGUAUCUUCCUCACGCACGCUUGGAAUGUAUUCGACAAAAUGUCAAUUUUCAAUGAGCCUGAUUAUUAAUUAGUGCUUUAUUAUGAUCAAGAAUGUCUUUUUAAAAAGGCGGCAACUGUUUCAAUAGAUGCAGAUUCCCUUCUUGAGUCCUUCACCGGAAUGUACUGACAUAUCGGUACCGUGCAUCUCCACUCGGAGAACAUUCUCUGACUGUAAGAUUGAUUCCAUAAAUGAAAAAAAAAAGGUGUGCGCUUGCCUGGCUGCGGGAGCUCAGCGUUGAGGUGUGUUUGGCCUUGAAUUUAGGAUGCCGGAUGCGAUUGUAUACAUUCAGCAAACCGGCUAGUCUCUUUUUAAUAUACAGCACCGCUGAUAUCUGCCUGCAACCUCUGCUGCUUGUGUUUUUCCUCCCCGUCCUUCAUAAAUUUCUCUGUCAAAGCUUUGCAUAAUAAAGAUUUGGGGUUCUGUGAACAUGG